UGCUACCUCUCUCUUCUUCUAGCCGCGCCGAAAUUUCUCUCUCUCUGAUCACUCUCUCCCGCGCUCCCGCCUUUCUCGUCUCUCCUUGUCUCUCUUUUUCUCUUUCGUUUCAUUGCUCCCCCAUAGUUUUCUUUCCUUCACUCCCUCGCCUUUCUACAUUACUCUCUCUGGCCUCCUCUGCUUCUUCCCUUCGUGGGCCUGCUGCAUUUUCUGUCUCUGUUCGUCUCCUCUGACCCGUGUUCUGUAAUCAUUUUGUUUCCUUGUUCUUAUGGGAUCUUUGAGGUGAUGCUGUUUCUGGGUUUGGAAAUUCAAGUUCAUUUGCGCAUUUUCUUGGUGCUCUUUGAACAUAGUGUCAUUCCUGAACCAUUGGUGGACCUCUAUCUGCACUAGACAAUGGAUUAAAGAAAAUGCUGCACGUAUUAAGUAGGAGAUUUUCAUGGUAAACUCAUGUGGGAAGGGCAGGGGGAGGAGCUAGUGUGGUGAACCGUUUCUGGGAAUGGAAACUCAUAGCAAAGCGAAGUGCCGGGAGGAUUUAGAGGUUGAUAUAAUUGAAUGUUCAAAUAAAACUGAUCCCAAAUUUUGUGGGAAAGAAGACCCUGAUGCAACUGAAUAUUCAAGCUCAUUUGCUGAGACAUCUGAUACAGACAAUUGUGCAGAAUUCAACGAAGGAGAAGUAGAAACUCAAUUUUUUGGAGACAUUGGCUUACCACCCGCAUUUGGUUCAUUUAGCAGUGCACUUCCAAUAAGGAAGAGGAAGUUAACAAAUCACUGGCAAAAUUUCAUCCGCCCUCUAAUGUGGCGCUGCAAAUGGACAGAAUUAAGAAUUAAAGAAAUUGAGUCACAGGCAUUGAAAUAUUCCAGAGCACUUGCAGUAUAUGAACAAGGAAAGAAUUUAGGCCUUGAUCCAACAAUGGAGGAUUUUUCUUCAAAAGCAUUUCCAUUUUCUAGCCCAUAUUAUAGAAGAAAGGCAAUGAAGAGAAGAAAACGAAAGAGAGCUGAAGAUACAAAUGAUAUAUCAUCCUAUAUGUCACAGCAUAACCUUUUUUCCUACUAUGAAAAUAAGAAAGCUGAACUAGAUGGUACUUCUGUAGCCGAUGAAUUUGCUAAUCCAGUGAAAAUAGAGAAAAAUGCUGAUUGUGAUGACAAAUUUGGGAUUAAUAAUGACUCUGUUCUCGAGUUCAGAGACACUAAUAGUUCUUUGGAGCAAGUGCUCUGGAAAAUUGAGGUGGUGCACUCUCGACUUCACAAGCUAAAGGGUCAAAUGGAUAAGGUGAUGUCCAAAAAUGCUUCAAAAUUUUCUUCCUCAGAGAAUCUGAGCCUUCUUGCACCUUGUGAGGCACAGACCAGCUCUGCCCCUACUCCUACGUUCUCAGCUGGUAAUGGAGAAUUAUCAGUUGGAGUUAUGGGCGCCUCAACUCAACAUAUAUCAGAGUGUGAUAUUGGUGAGCUGAUGAAGCCUGAAAGUGCUAUUUCAAGCUAUGGGGAGGCAAUACUAGUCCCUGAUAUUAUUGAAAGUACAGUAGGUCUCUUGACUGCUACAGAGGUUUCAAUUCCGCUACCACAAAUUGGGGAUUCAACCGAGGAUAUUGUUACUAAUGUGCUGAUACACAAUGAGUUGGCUGAGGCAGAGAGAAACACACAUGACACGAUUGUUGCACAGCCCGUGGAAAAACAUGAAGAACCAGAAAAAGGCAAGCAAAGUGAAGGUACCAGUCUCAGCUCAGUUCCAACUACACAACCUGAUCCUAUGGGAAAAGCUUUGGUCUCUGACGAACAAUCAGCUCUUAAAAAAUGUUUAGCUUCAGAUAUCAACUUUCCUAGGAACAAGAGAAAGAGAGGGGAAAGAAAAGCAGGUCCAGGUAGUUGGAACAAGAAGCAUUCGAGCGAACCCGAUAGCCAGUAAGUGAUUUUAGAGUGAUUUUAGCUGUCUUUUAGAGGAUCUGUAGCUGGUCAGACGUAAAAUUUCCACUUUGCCAUUAACGACUGGCAUAGGUACAGAAUGACCACUGAUCAGGUUAGUCUUAUUAAGCAACUUCCAGUGUGAAGCAGCUCUUAGUUGUUGCUGCUGCCACAAUGUGUUAGAGAGAGAUUCUGAGUUUUACCCUUGUGUAAGUUGUCUGUAUCAUGUUUACUGGGAACUGAUCCUGAUCUCUCUCAUACGUCGUAUUAGAUCUCAAUAAGAUAACUUUUACCAACUCUUUUUACCUUGAAUUACUGUUUUACUUGAAUAAAUCAUGCUCUUAAAGAUUUGUCUGGAAUUCAUUUUUUAGUUAGAAGAUAGUUCUGAUUCAAUUGAAAUUGUAUGUUCAAGACUUUCUAAGAUCGUGUGUUUGGGAUAUCAAUUAUUAUCAUACAAGCUAUUAUAAUCAUUGUCUUGCUCUUUUCAGCAACUUCAUAGGCUGAAUAUGAUAAUGAUUCUCGUCAUAAACUGCAUCAUGAUGCCACCAUACUUUGCUGAGCAGGUCACAAACUGCAUCAUGAAAUACCAGGUCAUGAAUCCACUCUAUCAUCUUGAGCAAUUUAGAUGAACAUAAUCAGGUUAGUAUAUGGUUAAGAAUCAUUUUUUGAGCUGAAAAGACAUUGAGCUAGAGAUUUGAUAUAAAAGUAUCUUGAUAUUUGGCUGGUGAUUCACAUCAUUCUGCUUUUUGACUGCUAAACUUAGAUUAUUAUGUCUCUGUAUAGAGUUGUUUUUGGACGGUUAACCGAAAGAUUCGUUUCUUCCAUCUACUUUGUGUUGGUCAUUCAUUAAUGUCUAGAAAUCAUGAUCAAAUUUGGGUCACUUUUUUUAAGGUGAAGUGUACGAAAAGAUCUGAGCUUUUCAUUCAGUAAAAGAUAGGUUUGAUGAGAUUUUGAUCGUCUCGUUUUCAUCCACACAUUGAUUCAUUACAAUUUAUAUGUUUUGUAUUUGUGUUCAUAUUUUGGUUUUGAGCAAUAAAUUUGCUCACAUUCUAAAUUUUUAAUGCCAAAAGAUUGAAUCAGAGACUUUGGGAUUUGGGGUUCUCUGCAAAACCUUGGAAUUUGCAACAACAGCUUUAUUAAAUUUUCACCAGAAGUAAGAGGCAGGGAGUUGGUAACGAUGGACUUUAUCAAAUAAGCCAUGGAACCAAUGAACCCUCAUACUUUUCUAGUUUCUAACCAUUUUUUUUUCUGUAAACGUCUGAGUUCGAGAUAGAUUAACGACUAGUUGAUGUGUUGUUUAGUAGAUGAAUGAUUUGCUUGACUCAACAUUGAAAGUUUAGAUAUUCAGAAGACCUGGAGGCUGUUGGAGAAUUCAACUCCUAACACACCUGGAGGCUUUUGGGGAAUUCAACCCCUAAUACUGCAAGCCCUUCAAAAGAAAAGACUGGAGGCUUCGUUCGGCCUAACACAGCAAGCACUCCAAAAGGUAAGGUUCGGGACUUGGAGGCUGAUGAGGAAAUCAACCCCUAGCACAGCGCACUCUUAAAGGCUCGGCAGAGAGAAAGAGAGAGGGCCUGAAAAUGAGGAAAGAUUGGCUACUAGAAUUUGAUCUUUGGCAUCAUAUCUAUAUCUAAAUCUGUAAAGCAAACCAACAAAACUCUGGUCGUUAAACCCUAUAACUAGGGUUUGUCUUUGCACGCCAAUCUCUUGUCGAGAAAAACUCGUAAACCGAGGUGACAAUUUGAGACAAGGAAGGAGAAAGAAAGCAAAUGGAGGAGAGGAGAGGAGAGGAGAGGAGAGGAGAGGAGAGGAGGAGGAGGGUACUAAAAACCCCAAGGAUAAAAGUAAAAAAGUAAAAAUUGAAAAGAGUUUGUUGUUGUUAUGUACCAAACAUGUAAGUUAUGGGGUGACAGGCUUUGCUAUUAUUUUGUGUUGACAAAAGGGACAUUUUUCUUUUUCUUG